AUGAGUGGGCAAAACACGGGUAGUCUGGACCUGUCCCGCCUACAAGAGGGGACCUACACAUUUGGCCUGACUGUGUACGACGCCAAAGGACAAAUGGUUGAAGACAACGUUACCAUUACGGUUAAUGCCGCUCCCGAUGCACUAACGGUCGCAAACGCUGGUCAGGAGAUUACAAUCCAACUCACAGACGAUUCCGUGGCGCUUGAUGGAUCACUAGUCAUAUUAUAUUUAUUGUUCACUUUGGGUUCAUCAUUCAGUGAGCUAAACGGAAUAAUAAAUACAUUGCAGAAUAAAAGUAAGAAUGGAAUCAGCCUGGUGUUCGUCAUUGUAAUCGUUUGCUUCACGGCUGGUGAAGUUCUUUCCGCAACGCGUCGGGAUUACAUACACGAGUGCAAUGAUGCCAGCGCUAAAGAACACGCUUGUACUAUUUUGAAAGAAUGGUAUAACUACAAUAUUACCAUAGCGACACGACAUGCUUCAGGAAUAAGCGACUUCGCGCAUGCACUGGCCAAUAUAUAUUAUGCAUGCUAUGGCGUUUCUGCUGAAUUAUCAAGUUACAAUGACGGAACAUGCCACUGUGCCGCUCCUGGAGGAUACGUCUGCUUAGACCCCCGUAUUCUGAGUUAUAUCCUUCGCUUUCAAGAAAAAUUCGGAAUGAUUAAGGUAAACGAAAUAGCGGGUGGUUGCCAUAGCUGCACAUCCUCCCACUACCGGGGCCUAGCCGUGGACAUAGACGAUUCGACCAAUACCACAGCGAUGGUCCAGGAAUGCUGGAAUAUGGGCGGUAGCUAUGCGGCUGACGAGAAAACACAUAUUCACUGCAAUUUCGCAUGAUCAACUGCCACACAAAAAUUGCUGUCAGUUGUCAGUGGGACAUUUACGGAAUAUCAGUCGGGACAUACAAAUGAAUUACUAAGCACAAUUUGACGAUUAAUACGAUACUGUAUACAUAUGCUACAUUACUGCCUAUGAAGUUUGUGAUAUAUUUGACACGGUAAGCCGCGUGUGCUAUGAGAUAAUGUAAAUUGUAUAUACACAUAAGCACACUACUAAACAUUUUUUCUUUUGAAGUUAUCGGUAAAAGGGAGAGAAACAAAGAGAAACAACUCAAAUAUAUUUUGCUUAAACAUUUGCAUUGCCACUGACUAGUCUGUUUCUAAAUUAUAUAUAAGACUGAUGUUUGUAAAUAUGCGAUUAUGAAAUGCCUGGUGACCAAUUGAUUUUGAUAUAUGUGUGUUAACAAACAUUUAGGCUCGAUUGUUCAGAACUUUGUUAAAGUUAACAACGGGGUUAAUGGUUGUUAACUUUUAAUGGUGAACUAUUUGAUGAUGUACUCAUAUAUAUUUAAAUAAAGUACAGUUGAAACUGGC